CCGCCCCGGACUGCGGGCACCGCCCCUGCUGCGGCGAACGAGGGGCGGGGCUGGGCGCGGCGUAUAUAAGGCGAGGGCUCGGCGCCGCUCUUUUGUCUCUUGCUGCAGCGACGCGAGUAGGACCAAGGAUCUCGUUUCGGCUGCCAAGGCCAAGGAUUGUUUUAAGAAAAUGGCAGACAAACCGGACAUGGGGGAAAUCGCCAGCUUCGAUAAGGCCAAGCUGAAGAAGACGGAGACGCAGGAGAAGAACACCCUGCCGACCAAAGAGACCAUUGAGCAGGAGAAGCGGAGUGAAAUUUCUUAACCUGGAGGAUUCCCCACCCCCGGCAUCUUUGGGACCCCAGUCGUGAUGUGGAGAAAAAGCUACCUGCAAAAUGGACACGAGCGACAAACUGCACUGUGAACCCAGACAUUCCGCGCCCAUGCCAUCGGCCGUGGGUCUCUGAGGGGACCCCUCCCCAUUCGAACUGCCAAAUUUUCCGGUUUGCCCUGGGAUAUUGUAGAAAAAUAUUUGUAUGGUUAAUAAAAAUAAAACAUGCCU